CUCGAAGGCAGGUCGAAGGCUGACGAACAACCGACAUUCAACACCAACGAACGCAACAUCACCAACGUUUUCUCCCACAGCAAACCAAGCAGACCAAAACCAGAACCACAGUCAAAAUGUGAGAUACCAGCUCCUCGAUUAUCUGCUCGGCAGAGAUGCAGUGAGCUAAUAUGGAGUGCGAUUGACAGGGAGGUACUACUGGGUAUCACGGGCAAGGACUUCACCAUCAUUGCAGCUUCCAAAGCUGCCAUGCGCGGUGCAACGGUCCUGAAGACUGCCGACGACAAGACGAGAUCCCUGAACAAGCACACACUGAUCGCAUACUCUGGAGAGUCUGGUGAUACCGUGCAAUUCGCCGACUACAUCCAAGCAAACUCCCAGCUCUACUCGAUGCGCAAUGAGACAGACCUGUCCCCCUCUGGCCUCGCCAACUUCGUUCGUGGCGAGCUUGCCUCGAGCUUGCGGUCGCGGAAGCCGUACAACGUCAACCUGCUCCUCGGCGGCGUCGACCCCAUCACACAGAAACCCGCGCUGUACUGGCUGGACUACCUUGCGUCAUUGGCGCCCCUCCCAUACGCCGCCCACGGCUACGCACAAUACUACUGCCUGUCAAUCCUCGAUAAACACCACCACCCCGAUAUCACGCUAGGCCAGGGCAUCAAGAUCCUCAACCUGUGCACGGAUGAGCUCAAGAGACGGUUACCCAUCGACUUCAAGGGCAUGACGGUCAAGGCUGUGACCAAGGACGGAAUCGUGGACAUAGAGUUCGAUGACGACAAGGUGGUGAAGGCUGCUUGA